AUCUUCGACUAUUUACCUAACCAUUCGCCCGCGGCUCUCUCGCGUGGUGUUCUCGGCCGAUUCCGAGACGUCGACGUCGGCAGAGGCUCGGCCGUUCAGCCAGACCCAAUAUAAGCCGGGUUGUACACAACGCAAAAAAGGACAGUAGUCCUCAGCCUUCGGUCAACUUACAACGUGUGAAACAGAGUAGUCCUCAGCCUUCGAUCAGUAUACAACGCGCGAAAGGACAGUAGUCCUCAGCCUUCGGUCAACAUACAACGUGUGAAACAGUAGUCCUCAGCCUUCGAUCAGUGCACAACGGGCAAUACAGUGGUCCAUAUCCUGCAGCAUACAACGUGCGAAAGACAGCGAUCCCGCGUCUCCUGCCCAUCUCGCGCUCCCUCCGUAGCUGAACACGAACUAACGGAUUCUCAUCGGAACGAUCCUGCAGAAACCAACGACUAAAGUACCCCUGAACAAGCGCGGGUUAAUUGGGUUGCCAGCCCCGUGUCCAGGUCCCCGACCAGGACGGCCCACCGGUAAUUCACCACCGAAUAGUCUCGCACGCGUCCUCGCUGUUUAAGGAUUCAGAGCCCCGUCUUUCGCCGCAUCAUUAGCUACGUUUUUCGAUUCUUCGGGCGACGCCCCAGACAUUCGAUCGUGGACCACGUGCAGCAGCAGUGACCCGGACCAACUCAGCAUGGGAGUCAAGUGGAUUUCGGUUAGGCGCAAAAACGAGUUGGAGAUGAUUACCGCGGAGCUUGGUUUAGACAGUGCUGGAACUGUCGAAGAGUUGAGACGUCGACUCGCGACCUUCGCAAACUCGGCCGAUUUACCGAGUACGGUGCGCUCUCGGUUGGAGGAAAUGGAGGCCCAGUACGGAGUCGCCGUGACUCCACUUUCUCCCCGCCCUUCUACACUCGCGCCUCUUAGCCUACAAACCCAUCCCCCGGCUGCGUAUGAUGUCGUACCCGCCAGUACCCGUAGUAUCGUGGCGUCGGGAUCCGCUGUGCCGGUAGAAAGCCUGCUCCACGGCAUCGACGUCGGUGCCGCGCAGAGAAACCUGCACGGUAGCAAGGACCCAUCAACGAAGGGGCCCACCUGGAACGAAGAGCAUUUUAACGCUACGAUCACCGAGAAAAUGGUCCGCUGGGGAAUCGUGUUUGAUGGGUCCGGCGAUCCGUUAAGUUUCCUUGAGCACGUGCAAGAGAGGGCAGCCACUUAUAGGAUAGAUCUACGACACUUAUCACAAGGAAUCCUCGGGUUGUUGACCGGUCGGGCCGAGAGUUGGUUUCGAACGAGCCGCCUCAGUGAAGAACCAUGGGAGAUCUUCCGCAAAGAGUUUUCAGAGUUUUUUUUGCCUCCCCGGUACUUUCAACGGCUAGAGGACGAGAUCCGAACCCAUUUUCAACGACCAAAAGAAGCGUUUAAAACGUACCUCGUGGACAUUCGACUAAUGAUGCAGCGCGCGGGAUACCCCGAAGCUCAGGAAUUGGAAAGGAUAUACGAUAACAUGCUCCCGGGAUACCAGUUGUUUACGAGGCGAAAAGAUUUUGAUUCUCACAGAGUCACAGAGAGAGACAGAGAGAGAGAGAGAGAGAGAGAGAGAGAGAGAGAGAGAGAGAGAGAGAGAGAGAGAGAGAGAGAGAGAGAGUAAGAGUGUGGGAGGCCAGAACACCUGCCACUGAUAACAGCUUUUCCAUGGAGAGAGACACAGCGACAAUACUUUAUUUGGCCACCUGAAGGCUGCUCAUUUGAGUUUCAUACGUCUGUGGGACGAGCACGAGAAGAAGGUGGAACCAGGGAAAGUGAAAAGUGGAAAGUGAGUGCCCUGCUACACAAAAGAAAGAGGAGAAAGAAAGCAUUGGCAGAACCAGAACCAGAACCACAGCCAGAACGUGGCCUCAGAGUACUCGCAGAGUGGGCGAGGCGGACACAUGUUGUCAUGUUCACAAAUGCUAGGGAAUGGGAAUUGAAGAGCAGUCAACUGUUGCUGCUGCUGCUGUUGCUUCUGGGGGGCCUCAGUCACCUGGGGACAUGUCAAGAAAUAUGCCAGCCUGCUGUACACGGAAGACGUGUACCUAACGCUAGAGACCCCAGGCAGAGAUGUGGUCUACGGCUCGCAGAAUGCCUCUGAUAGCUACAUAAUUACGGCUCUGCAUGUGGAGGAUCUCAGCCGCAGCCCCCCAAAUGCCAACGGGGUUGAUGGGGCCGAGGAAUCGGCACAUCUACAAGUGUCCGUCUAUGGGCUGGAGCUGUGAGGUGUAUCUGUGGGAUCGUAUCUUUUUAAGUGCGUGUGUGGGAGAGCGUGUAAAAGCUGUAAAUAUUAAUUACUAUAGAGGCGACACUUGGAUUGGCACUUACAUUGUCAAGUGUAAUAGUCACUUACAUAUGCAUAGUAUAUACAUAUAUAUAGUAUGUAUGUAUGUGUAGAAAAGUAACACUCUACUCUUAUCUUUAGGCUCUUUAAGUCUCCCCUCAAUUCGAGAGGAUUUUCAACUCAUUCGACAUCAAUUAAACUUUGUUUUUGCUAAUAAAAUACUUCCGCUUUGACAACAUACAUAUAUGUGGUGUGAGGACCCAUACUGGGAGCCUCACAUAGUAUCAAGAGUUAAUUGAUUAAGAAGACAACCUGAAAAUAUAAGACAUCGCAAUGGAGCGAGAUUUGUAUCAGUAAAAAUCAUCUUCUAUGUUAGUAAAUAAGCUAGUUAAUUUUUGCAUAGCCGAAAUCCCGCCAAACGGCCAGCUCACACAGAAUAGCCGCAAAGAGAACAGCGAAGAGAGAGAGCCACGCUCAGCCGGCAACAGAGCAGAUCUCUUUCGAGAAAGGCCCGUUGGCCCGAAAACGAGCGCCAGGCGUGGUGAGAGCGUCGAGCGACCGUGGCGAGAGCGGGAGUCGAUUUUCGGAAGCGAGCAAAGACGGAACGCCGCGGAGUGACUAGAAAAGCAAGAAAAAGUGUUGAACGGCCGGGCGCCCGAGAAGUAGAGAAGAAUGGACGAGCUGCAGGAGCACAGACGCCGGAUCCGCGGGUGAGCUGGCCGAUGGCCAAGGUAGUAGUAGAAGUAGCAGGGAGUGCGAGGGAAACCAUGCCAAUAAAACUUCGAUCAUAUGACUAA